CCUCUGAAAAAUUCAGUUUUUCAUGUGUCCCAAAGUAAUGUCUGACUGCAGUUAAUGCUCUUUUAAAAGCAUUUUAAAAUAUUUUCUAUUUUAAGUCAUUUUUGUAUAAUGUUCGUAGAAUAUUUUCUGCUUUGUUUUUGAUCUAAACUGCGUUGAGGAAUCACAGUUUAGUUAAAUCAUGAUUUUUGGGCAUCUACAGUCACAAGAUCCUCAGUCAUUUGACUUUCCACCCUCUCCCCUGCGUGUCUUUCAUUAACAUAUAUUCUCUAAUCAAAAACAUGCUGCUGCUCUACUCUUGCCAGCAAAGGCGUAAGCCUUUCCUUAACCUUAAAGGAAUAGUUCACCCAAAAAUGAAAAUUUGAUGUUUUAUCUGCUUACUCCCAAGGUAUCCAAGAUGUAGGUGACUUUGUUUCUUCAGUAGAACACAAAUGGAGAUUUUUAACUCCAAUAGUUGCAGUCUGUCAGUUAUAUAAUGGAGGUGGAUGGGAAUCACAGCUUUGAAAGUAAAAAAAACAAAAGUAAAUUAAACGCUGUGGCCUAUGAUGGUACACUGAUAUGUAGAGACAAGAAAUAAUCGGUCUCUGCAAGAAACUGUACAGUAUGUGUGUCUUUUACCUCUGAUUUUCACCCCAAUGCCGUUAUUCCCAUUAACUUCCAUUAUAAGACUGACAGACUGCAACCAUUUGAGUUAAAAAUCUUGGUUUGUGUCCUACUUAAGAAACAAAGUGACCUACAUUUUGGAUGCCCUGGGGGCUAGCAGAUAAACAUAACAUUUUCAUUUUUGGGUGAACUAUCCCUAAGAUUUUUUUCUUUUUGUAGAUCACUGUUAUGAGGUUGAAACUCGUUUCUGCCUGCAUGAUUAUAUAAAAUGGGGAGUAAUAGGGCAUUGAGACCUCUGCCAAUUUUUGAACUCAGAGCUGCAUCAACAAACUGCUUAAGCCUGAAUUAAAUUAUGUUUCAAGGUGGAGACACAUUUUUAAUGUUUAAAGGGGAGAGUUAGAGGAAAGAUGAUACUCUACUGCUUGCAUCUGAUUCGCGAGUCAGAUAAUGUACAAACUGAACCCUUCUGAAUUGUAAAUUUGUUGUUCUGAUUAAUAAUCGGAGACCAAGAAAAAUAUGUGUCAAAUUUUCAGAUGCACUCUCUUCCUUUGUCUUCUCCCAUCUGUGGUUCCUCUGUUCUGUUAUACAUGUGUAUUUCCUUCUGUCUCACCACUGGAAUGUCUCAAGUUCCCAACCCAUUGUCCACCGGGCCAGCUCUGUCUUUCUAGCAAAGCUGUAGCACAGCACGGGGACUUUAAGGUUGUCUUGUAUGAAAAGAGCUGUGUUCUUCCAGCCCUGUGUGGACUUACUGGAGAGAAGUUUGCCAUGGGUUUAAACUUCACUUUCACCAAUGACUGCUGUGAUACUCUUCUCUGCAAUGGUGUCUCAAGCAGUUCUGCUUUCAUCUUGUCCAGCACCCUGCUCUCACUUCUUCUGACACUGUUUUAUUUACAGUAAGCUCAAUUAACAAGAACAAGAGAGCAGUCAAAAUGUAACACACACACGUCUUUAUCUAGCAUAAUUAGAAUUUCUAUGUAAAUGAAUGUAUUCUUAUUUUUUCUUUGUCUUAUAACAGUUCUAACAAGAAUAGUUUGUUUUUAUCAGCAUUUCUUCAUAUGUACAAAUGACACAUGGAUACGUUUAUAUUCAAAUAAAGUUACGUUUUUUGUGUCUAGAGACUUGUUUCUUUUAUAAAGUGGAAUUUAUUUUAGUAAAUUAUCAUUCUUAGUUAACAAAUAAACUUUGGUCCUGCGCGUGCUUUCUGUGGUGCUUGAUUUCGCGCGCUUUUGGCUCGAGGAGGAGACACUAACGUUACAGAAGAAGAUAAAACAGCAAGAGGUGUUUAGUACAGGUAAUAUAAUUAUUUUCGAGUUAAUACCAUUAAUCAUAUGACUGAUUUUUCUGAUUGUGCCUUUGUUUGCUUUUGUUAGUUUAGUUAACGUUACUCGACGUCAACGUCAGAAACCUCAGGUAACGUUUAACGUUAACCUUAUUGCUCGCGCGUAAUCUGUUUAAUGUUACUGUAUUUUCCUCAGGGUUAAUGAGAACAUUAGUAAAAAAAAAAAAAAAAAAAAAAAACGCUUUCCUCAACUAUUACGGAUUGUUUGUACAAUGUUUUUUUUGCACAGUGAAAUAUGUCUGAAGCCAGUAAUUUACAAGAACCAGAAAGUAACGUUAGAGCUUUGAAUAUAAAUGAGGUUGAAGAGGAUGAAGGAAACCGUGAGGUAAUUAUUGUUUAAAAAUAUCUCAGUUGUAAAGUACUUAUUGCGUUAGUAACACAGUGGUGUGUACUUUUUGGUUUAAAUUUAGAUUUUUCUGAGUGUAUUUGUUCAACAAGGACAAAUUGGACUAAGUUAUUAUGACAGUUGCGAUUAUACGCUGCAUUUUAUGCCGGACACCAUGGACAACAGCGACCUCCAGCUGCUGGAUAGAGGUACUUUAUUUCU